AUAAGCUGAUUAACUCACCGUGUAAUAUCUAGUCGACUACAGGUGAUUUCACAAACAAUACGAUCAUAACAUUCACCACCAACACUAGAUAGAUAUGUACACAAGUCUCAUUUCUACCGUUAAUUUGACAAUUUAUAGACAUGUGCAAGGUGUAUUAAUUAAUACAGGUGUGUUUACACCAACAGGUAGAGUGGUUGACACUAUGUUUAAACUGUGUUAAAAUGGGAAUAUUGUAUGUAGGAUAUUAGUGUGAUAUAUAGUGUGGAAGAUAUUAUAAUAUAACUGACUGAUAGAAGAUAUACUAGAUAGUGUGGUAUAUGUAAGGUGACUGCUAAAAGAAGAUAUUGUUAUAUAAAUUACACAGUAAAAGAAAGGUUGGUGGAGAAAAGCUUAAACAUGAGGUGCACUGAGAGGAAUUUGAUUGGUGCAUAUCCUGUAUAAAUGAACCAAUGAGAAAUCAUGUCUUAUAAUCACAAGUCAAGUAUUAACAGAGAUGAGGUGUUUCGUCUGAUUGAAUCAAAGCAAGAAAAGGUGGCCAAAGAAUCGCAGCUAUGGGGACCAGAUAUUAUCAAGAAACAGAUGGAGGACGACCUAGCCAGACGAGUUCGAGAGGCGUUGGAGACUCCGCCACUGGAGCGCAUGCAGCGUAAGAAAGAACGCGAUCAGAAACAACGACAGAGAGAACUACAAAAACAGAAUAGUCAUUUACUCCUACGCUUAAAUUCUACAGACAAUGCUCAGUUUCAAAAAUGGCGAGAAAAUAAGAACAGACUAUUAGAAUCUCCUAGAAUGGCUUAUUCCAGUCCUUCACCCGUGGAUUAUCUUUUUCGUGAUCAACUUUCAAAAUCAAAUCACGAUGAAUACCCUGGAGUCUUUGGUUUAGAAAAUUUCUCAGAAGGAAUCAAAAAUAUUCGGGAUGUAUACAGCUCAACAGUUGAAAGAUUUCCUCCAAUCAAACCUCGUGCAAAACAUUUCUACACUAAAGAUGGUUUCCUUCAGAUUUUAAAAAAUGGCAAAUUGCCUGACGGUUUCCAGGUUAUUGAUGAUUUGGGGAACUACGUGGAUAAAUAUGGGGUUAUUCGAAGUGAACAUGGACCUUUUUGGCCUACAGAGUUAGUGCCCUUGUUUCCAGCACCUAAAUUACUGGACAUUAAUAAUCUAGGAGUUGAACCACUGUAUUUCCAGCUACCAGUUGCCAUGACAACCAUUGAUAAACAACAUUCUCCAUACAGUGGUAGAUGGCGGGGUAUGUUGGUAGUUUAUGAUUCCGAGAGAAGUCAACGUGACCACGCCCCACAACCCGUGCCUGAAGGUUGCUGUCCUAAUCUAGUCUUUGAAUCUCGUUUUGAAUGUGGAAAUUUACGGCAAGCUCGCAGAGUAGGGCAGUAUGAAUAUGAGCUGGUAUUAAGAACAGAUCUAUAUACAAAUCGUCAUACACAAUGGUAUUACUUUCGUGUAACUAACGCAGUACCUGGUAUAACCUACAAGUUUAGAAUUGUUAAUUUAUUAAAACGUGAUAGUCUUUAUAACUAUGGAAUGCGACCUUUGGUUUAUUCAGAAAAAGAUGCCAAAGAACAGGAAAUAGGUUGGAGACGAACAGGUCAUCAUAUUAGUUAUUGUAAUAAUAUCGUCCAUCAUACCUGUCCAUUAUUACAGCGAGGGAUAUCUUAUUACAUGUUAGAAUGGCAGAUGGAGUUUCCUAAUUCUGAUGAUACAUACUACCUGGCCCACUGUUAUCCCUACACCUUCACAGAUCUGAAGAACGAUCUAGACAGUAUUUUAUCAGAUCCAGUACGCCAGCCAUUGAUCAAUAGAGAAGUCAUGUGUGAAACACGUGCAGGAAAUAGUUGUUUUUUAUUAACAAUUACAAAUCCUGAAUAUACAAUGUGUAAACGGAAGAAGAAAUAUGUGGUUAUAACAGCUCGAGUUCAUCCUGGUGAGACACAGGCCAGUUGGAUGAUGAGAGGUUUACUGUAUUUUAUAACAAGCAAUGAUGCUACUGCCCAGGAACUACGUAAUAAUUGUAUAUUUAAAAUAGUGCCAAUGAUAAAUCCAGAUGGGGUUAUUGUAGGAAAUUAUCGAUGUUCUCUAGCAGCACGAGAUUUAAACAGAAAUUAUCGACAUCCAAAACGAGAAAACUUCCCCACGAUCUUCACCAUCAAGAACAUGAUAGAUGAUCUCCUUAAUAAAAAUGAGGUUGUGUUAUACUGUGAUCUACAUGGCCAUAGUCGUAAACAGAAUGUAUUUAUGUAUGGUAAUAAUAAAAUCAUUGAUCAAGACAGUCCUACAGGUGUUGAUGCUGCCCAAUCAUUUAUAGCUGAACGACUGUUUCCUUGGUUAAUGGCAGUAAAGUCACCAGAGAAGUUUUCUUUCAAGUCCUGCAAGUUUCAGAUAAAACGUUGCAAAGAAUCUACCGGUCGUGUUGUGAUGUGGAGACAGAUGAAAAUACCAAAUAGUUUUACGUUGGAAGCAACGUUCAGUGGUACUAUUCUAGAUAAAACAAGCUGUCGCCAUUUUAACUGUAGAGAUUAUGAAGAUAUGGGUAAAACUUUAUGUGAAGUUGUUUUAGAUUAUCAAAAUAUGCAGGAGAAUAAAGAUUAUCAGAUGGAAGUUGUCAUGGAUUUAACUCGAGCUAUAACACAUCAGAUUCUAGCGAACCGUGGUCUCGUACCAAAACACGUUCAACUGACAGAUGUACAGUCUGAUAAAGUGUUUGAUUCUGGAAUAUCUGUAGAAGGUUCAGACAUGAGUUCUGGUUCACAAACAGACACAGAAAAAAUAUCGGAGAUAACUACGGAAUUAGUAACUAAUCAGAAAUCAGCAUUAGUUAUAAAUAACAACAGACAAUUCGAUAAUAAAUCUAAAGAACGGAAAUCAUCCAAUAAAGAGAAUAAGUUAUUGACACAAAACAAUUCAUCAGUUGUAAAAUCAUCGUCCAAGGGAGACAACUACAAUGAUAUAAACUUACAGAAGAUAAUAGAUAUGUCAAGCAUGAAGUCAUUGGAUGGCUGUUUAAAUCUUUUAGCCGAGUUGAAUGUUUGUCAGGCUGUACUAGAAUCAGAUUCAUCAGAUAGUGACAGUGAAUCAGAACCAGAACUGAAACCACCUGAAAUAAAACAGCGAAAAAAGAAACGGAAAUCACGAAAACAGAGAGAUAGAGAAAAUAAAAAACUUUUAAAUGAACGGCGAAAUAGUGAUAACAGUAAAAAACCAUCGUCUAGUACUGGAAGUGAAAGACUACAGAAAGUAAAUAAUUGUAUAUAUAUGCAUUAUGUUACAGUCUAG